GUCUUCUUUUUUCUGUAAGUUGGAAUAUGGAGCAACAUUUGGUCCAAUACUAUGCGUCCGUUCACACUGAGGCUCCUCUGUCUCCCCUGCGCCUCUCGCUUUAUUAAAUCCAACCGCUGACGGUCGGUCGGACGGACGUGCGUCUGGACUGUGCUGGGAUGUGAACGUGUGACAAUUUGCUUUUUUUAAUUUGUUUUGAUUGCCCGCUGUAAAAGCCAAGAGUCGGUCCCCAGCGACGGUCACCGUAGCCUGUUGUGAUUAAGGGCAACGCGGGCAAGGUGUCACAGUUCAGACCAUCAUGCCCUUUGCUCUGGCAGCAGGACAGGAAGUGUGUGUGUAAGCGCCCCUGGUUGGCUCUGCUGGGAUGAACAUGCCACUGCACCAAAUCUCUGUCAUCCCCCGUGAUGUCACCUCAUCGCGGGUGUCAGGCAGUGGGAAAGCUAAGGACAAGGACAAGGACAAGCAGAAUGAAAAGCCUCUGGGUCAUUCUGCAAGCAGGUCCAGCAAUAUAUCAAAGGCGGGGAGCCCGACUUCAGUCAACGCUCCAUGCAGUUUCUCCAGGACGUCGGUUUCCCCCUCCAGCCAGGACAUCUGCAGUCAGGAUCAGGACUGUCAGAAGCAGACUGCAGUGGUUCUACUGAAUUCAAAUGGUAAAACCUGUCAAGGUUCAGGAGGUAUUUCAGUGACCACCCUCUGCACAGAUGCCCUACCAGCCUCUAAAAGCCCGUACGGCACCCCAACCGCUCUACCGCUCCCCCCCUCCUCCGUCCGCAUUAGCCGCGCUCUCCAGGUUUUCUGUGGCAUGACGGGCGCGGACGUGGACAGUCUUUGUCGCGGCCUGCACUUUAUAGACCGCACCUGCUCGGAGGGAGAGCUGGAGCUGAAGCCCAAGCCCGCUCAGCCACCCGGCUCGGAUCAAAGGGCGCACACACUCAACGGCAAGCUGGCUGCAGCACCCACUCACCAGAACCAAAAUCCGGCCUGCUCAACACGCACCAACCCCCACCUCGUCCCCUCCUUCACCAACAACUACAAAUACAUGUUGGGCAUCCCUCCCGUCAAUUGUCUCCCAUCUGACCCUGCCAUCCGCACCCCUCCUCCUCUUUCCAACACCCACCUCCACCCUCGUCCCUCUCCGAGCGGCAACUUUCUCCGUCUCCUCCUCCCUUUCUCUCGAUCCUCUACCUCGGCCAGCCUGCAGUGCUCUGAGCUGGAUAGCUACGCCUCUCAUCUCCACAUCACCAAGUCCUCUAGUGUCCUUCUGGAAGGCAGUGAGUUAGGCUACCCCGUCGAGGAUCUACUGGGAGAUGACGACGUGUUUGAGGAGGACCAGCCCAGUCUAGUUUCAAGGGGAAAGGUUCAGCUGGCCACCCCAGAAACAGUCACCAUGGCUGGGACAGGUGCUCCUCUCGCCCCCCUUUGCUUUAUGGAUGAGGACAGCGACUUGGACUGUUGCCCGUCCCCUUUGUCAGAGAAAACUGGGCCACUGUCACCCUAUUCGCUAUCUGAAGACUGGUGCAGGAUUUGUCACUGUGAAGGGGAUGACGAGAGUCCUCUGAUCACACCAUGCCACUGCACAGGGAGCCUGCGCUUCGUCCACCAGUCCUGUCUACAGCAGUGGAUCAAGAGCUCCGACACUCGCUGCUGUGAGCUCUGUAAAUAUGAAUUCAUAAUGGAGACCAAGCUCAAACCACUGCGCAAGUGGGAGAAGCUACAGAUGACGGCGAGCGAGAGAAGGAAGAUCAUGUGUUCGGUCACCUUCCAUGUCAUCGCCAUCACCUGCGUGGUAUGGUCGCUCUACGUCCUCAUCGACAGAACAGCGGAGGAAAUCAAACAAGCCGGAAGAAUCCCAGGGAUCCUGGAAUGGCCUUUCUGGACCAAGCUGGUGGUGGUGGCUAUCGGCUUCACGGGUGGACUAGUGUUCAUGUACGUCCAGUGCAAAGUCUACAUCCAUCUAUGGAGGAGACUCAAGGCUUACAACCGGGUCAUAUACGUCCAGAACCGUCCAGACACGUGUAAAAAGCUGGCGCUGGAGAAGCCUCCUCUCAUGGAGCCAAAUCUGGAGAGCAAGGAAGCUUUGGCGCCCAACCAGUCGGACACAAACGCCUCCCAGUACACAGAGACAGAGGACUACAGCAUGGAGGUGCUCCAUGUCUGACCACUCAGUCCAUGCCAUUGGUUGUCCUACUUAUCCUACACACACAAGCAGGCCCAUAGUGAAGAGCAGCCAUCAUGGAAAUGCUCGGUGACCGAGAAACGACCACACACUCCCCUUCUUCUGAUAUCAGACUGACCCACUGUCCUCCUCUGGUCAUCUUAUAUUUCCAAAACGCCAUCCACAGAGACUGACAGACCAUGACUCUUUUCUUGUAUCCACAUUCCUCCUAUCAUAUCCCUCCCUCCACCUGUACCCUCAAUCCACACUCCACCUCCCAGGACCGGACUGUUUUUACUAACUUCUGUAAAUGUCUGAAGAGGCCUGGAUCAUACCACUCUACAGAGAGAUACCACUACACACACACACACACACACACACACGCACACAUGCACACACACACACACACACACACACACACACACACACACACACACUCUCACACACUCACACUCUCUUGUAUGUACACCUCUGGGAGAGCAGGACUGAGACAAAUGGACUCCCAAACCGCUCUGGAUGUCGACAUGUCUCUAAUGCGUGGUUUCUUUGCUUGUGUUGUUUGUUAGAUUUGUUUGUUUUUACCUCCUGUGAGUCAUCUUGGGCAAACCUGCCGUGGAUCAGUAUGUAGCGCCGCACAUAGGAUCUCUGGAACAUUCCAGCUACUGCCAUCUCGGUUGCUGUAAUCUGUCAGCUCUGAGCUGGUCUGGAUCCGACCAGGCCUUGAUCUGGACAUGCAUCGAAGCACUUUUGUUUUUUAGUUCCCACAACAAAUCCCCUCCCUUCCUCUUGCUACUCUUUUUUUCUUUUAAUAUGAAUCAAGUCUUACUGUAUAUGUUGUACAUGGGGGAGAGCACAUUCGAACUUUGAACUUUAAUUUGACAUUUCCUCAAACACACAAACAUAUAUAAUCCCAUGGAUGACAAAAAAGGAAUUGGGGGUUAAAAAUGGAAUAAUGGUGAAAUAAAAGUGAGUGUUUUAGUUAAAAUAGACAAAAUGAGUUUUGAAUACGACGUCAGGCUCAAAGCUCUAACGUAGAUCAUGAAAAAAAUCCAGCCACAUAACUUCUCUACCCCAACAUGAACUUUCUGAAGGCUUUGAGAAUGUAAACUUUUUUUUUUUUUAAAUGAUAAAAAUGAAUAAAUAUAUAUAUAAAGAAAAACAACAUUUUUUACUGUUCACAGGAAAUUGCGAGAUAAUUUCCAUGUCUUGAGAACAUUACAAGAGCCUUUGGGCAUAAACAGCGCCGCUCAUGUUUUUCUAUCAUGUGAAUGACACAGUAUUUACAGUGUGAUAUUCCAUGUGCUGUUCUUAAUAUGUUGAUUUGUUUGCUUAGUCACAGGAUGUGCCCUGAGAAAUCCACAGCUGCCUAUUUUUAGUCUGUCCUCUCAUUGCUCCCAUUGUGCAGGCAGUACAUUGAUUGAUCCCUUCAUGGAUAGUUUUGAUUUAGAAGCAGGCUGACUAUGUGUAUUUGAUUUGGCUGCUCAAAAUAGGCACAUUUACAGUCCAUCCCUUCAGUUCGAUUAACACACUCCUGAGUAUAAGGUGAAAGAUUGGAUGUUUGCACAUGAUGUACUUCAUAGGAUAAUUGCUGAGCAUUUCAGGCAAGCAGAAGUCUGUUUCAGCAAAAGUGUCUUCUUUCUUCUUGCCAGACUUUAGUUUUUUUUUCUUACAUCUGUCCUUAUGUGGCUCAAAUAAAACAAAGUGCACAAACACCUUUUUUUCAUUUCUAAAAGGAAGCACAGUGAAGCACCGCUUAAAUACUGUAACUGCAUUUCAGCAUUCAGGAUGAUUUUUAUUUUUUUGAGUUUAACAUUUUGGGUUGUCACAUUUAUUAACAAUCAGUUUAAUUUGCUAUAAAAGCAAUGCAAUACACCCCCGACGUUUGCUGCCUGUGACGGUAUGCAUCAUCUUUUAUUGAUGAGCUGACUGCAGCGCCGCCUGCUGGUGAGAAGUUGAAGGUGCAGUCUGAAGUAGGCAGCUGUUGAUUUCUCAGAGCGAUGUGUUUUUGGGCUUACAGUCAUUGUAAGUGCUUUUGUGUAUGUGGGAGCACAGUGAUGCCAGGCUCAUGUUGAGCCUCACAGCCAUUCCAACAACACACACAUUUUUAAAAUACUGUCUUUGAUACCAGUAUACGGUCUGUGAACAAUGAUGGUCCAACAACAUAUGUGACAAUUACUGCUCAGCAGCAAUAAAAUCUGUGCUUUGUUUUUGCAACAAUUCAUAGCGUACUUGUGUAUAUGCCCCAUGGUGACUUGAGAUCUGGAGUCUAAUAUAAUUUUAAUACAUAAUAUGAGCCAAGGGAGUUGUGUUGGAUUAAGACCUAGUAACGAGAAGCUUCUCUGAAACUUUGAUACCUGCGAGGCUCAGUGCAAUUAGACAGAUAAAAAGUGCAAUUACCCUUUUGUUGAUAUUCUAUUAUAUAGUUAUGUAAUGGUGUUUAAUGUCCAGGGUGUCUUCUGGGUAUAAAAUGAUUAUUUCUUCAUUUUGUGUUGUAUUUAUUUUAAAAAGAAAACAGAGUAAAAUUUGUUCAUUUAAAAAAAAAAAAAAAAAAUCCUUUCAUUAGUAGUUUUAUGCAACUUACACUUUUUUUCUCCCAGGCAUAAAUGCCAGAACAUCACUUUCACUCUUGUUUUGCACUUCAGAUACCUUGAUUCCCAGAACUUAAUGUGAACAUCUGCUCCUCCAUCUUGCUUUUUAAAUUGCUUGAUACAUUUUGUUUUAAAUAUGCAGAAUAUAGACAUUUAACCGUAGCAUAAAAUUUAAACAUUCAAGUUUUUCACCUAAACAACAUGGGGUAUUUAGGCAUGUAGUUUCUUUGAGAUGGAAGAUUAAAGAUGUAGAUUGUGCUUCUUAUUUUCUACUCAUAGGAGCUGGCUCCUUUCAUGAAGUCUGAGACAGAAGUUUUGAGGCCACUUUAGGACAACUUUACAAGCAGGCAUGUUCCUCUCUGAUAGCAGCGUUUUCUUUUUUUCUUAGUAUCUUAUCAUGAACGGAUUUCUUAAUUUUAUAAUCCCAUUGAGCAGCACAUCGACUGAGAAGUAAAGGUACUUUCUCUGCCUUGCUGUCCCAGUAUUUUAGGUCUAAGUCUCGAUUUUUCUGUCUGUCUUUAACCUGCCGCUUACAUUUUAUCAUGUCUGGGAAUAGUGUAACUUGCAUAAAGCUACAUUUGUUUACUACUGACUGGACUUGAACCUAUAUGACUGUUCCCCUGUCUUAUAUCAUUCCACAAGUUUGUCUGUGAAUUUACUUUGGAAUAGUAAAUGUAAAGAAAUUGGUAAAAGUACUUAUGUUUUUAAAAGAAAUAUUGAUGUGUUUUCAGUUUAAUUUGCCAUUAUCGAACAAAGUAUGUAGACUUAAAAAGAACAACCAAAUAAAAAUUAUGUUACUUUUAA